AUGUCGUUCCUACUCGCCGCUGCGUCCACGGAGGCACAAGCGAAGAGUGUCGCCUUCGAUAUCGACCACGAUGACGUCCAAAAGCUGACGGGCCACUUCGUCAAGCAUAUGAGAGCUGCGUUGACGCGGGUUGGCCCGAGUCAAAUACCGUCCUACGUGAGGCAGGUUCCAGAUGGAACGGAGAAGGGGACGUUCCUGGCGGUGGACCUGGGCGGCACCAACUGUAGAGUCUGCUCAAUAGAGCUGCACGGGGACUUCACCUACACACUGGUGCAGUCCAAGCACCUAGUCCCGCCCGAGCUCAGAGUCAACGCAUUCUACAAGCCACUCUUCGGCUUCAUCGCGGAGAGGAUACAAGACUUCCUCGCAGAUCAUCCAGAAUCGGACUUGGACACAGUACCCAAGGAAAACGAGUGUAUACCCUCGGAAGCAGGCGAGCUGACACAAGAGAACCACCGGAAACUGGGUUUCACGUUCAGCUUCACCUGCCACCAGGAAUCACUGGCAAAAGGAACGCUCCUCCACUGGGACAAGGGGUGGGACAUCCCAGAGGCGCUUGGCAAAGACCCGUGUGCCAUGUUGCAAGAGGCAAUCGACGACCUGACUCUGCCGAUCCACGUCACUGCCCUUGCUAACGACAGCGUCGGAACACUCAUGGCCAGGGCCUACACGUCGCCGGAAAAGUCGUCAACGCUGAUGAGUGCCAUAUUCGGGACAGGCACCAACGCGGCCUACAUCGAGAAGCUGCAGAACGUCACAAAACUACACCACCAAGCCGACUUUCGCGACCAUACCCCCGACCACCUAAUGGUGGUCAAUACGGAAUGGGGCUGCUUCGACGACGACAUGGAGGUACUGCCGACGACCGAGUACGACGACAUCCUUGACUCGGCAUCGCAGGAUCCGGGAAUGCAGAUGCUCGAGAAGCGGAUAUCCGGCUUAUACCUGGGAGAGCUAUUGCGCUUGGUCGUAGUUCAGCUAUUGGAAGCAGGAUUUCUGGAUAUGACCACCAGCAGUACUUCGCCGUUGCUCUUGCGGGAAGGUAUCGACAGUUCAAUACUGUCUAUCCUCGCGCGGGAUGGGAGUGAGAGUCUCGAAGAGUCCAGACGCCAUAUCGCAGAUGCCCUGAAGGCUCAAGGGGUCACAUACGAGGAUGCCAAUGCGAUACGCGAGGUAGCUGGCGCCAUCUCGAGGCGAGCUGCACGACUUGCGGGAUCGGCGAUGGCGGCUGUGAUUAUACAAUCCGGGCGAAUGCAGGCAGCCAAGGCAUUGCUGGAUGAUGAGUCGAAGCCGGUAGAGAUCACUCUCCACGGACGGAAGUCGAAGCAGUCAGAACCUGCACGCGCGUUUGCCUUCUCGCGCUUUCGCUCACGCGUCAAUGUACUCUUGCGUCGGUUACUGAAGAUCUUCGGCUUCCCGAACGCAGCCUCGAGCUUCUUCCCCGACACCUCAUCCGUACCUCGAUCCAAAGAAGAAACACCCACGACCAUCGAGGGAGACACAAUAGACAUAGGAGUCGAUGGCUCUCUCAUCGAAUUCCAUCCGAGCUUUGAGCAGGACAUCCGGGAAGCGCUCGCAGACGUCUUCGGGAGCGGCGAACGCAGGGUUAGGAUAGGCCUGGCGAAGAACGGAUCGAGCGUCGGGGCGGCGCUCAUGGCGGCAUCAAUGUAG